AGUUCCAGACCCAGACUGUAGGCGGCGCUGUGGACAAAUCACACAGCUCUCUUCUGUGGCGCUGUUUCUGUAUUAUAGUACUUCCGGUUUACCGUUUACCAUCCUACCAAGCCAAGUUUUUUUGGACAAUGUUGUACACCAUUUAGUGAAACGUAGAACGAGGUGACUGAUCCCUGGACUAUUUGUUGUGCUUCAGCGGGUUCGCUUUAACUGAAGCCGAGCAUGGAUCCCCCCGAAGAUCAAGAAUUAAGGAAUGUCAUUGACAAGCUGGCCCAAUUUGUCGCACGGAACGGCCCAGAGUUUGAAAAGAUGACAAUGGAGAAACAGAAGGACAACCCUAAGUUCUCAUUCCUAUUUGGGGGAGACUACUUCAGCUACUACAAGUGCAAACUUGCUAUGGAGCAACAGCAGCAUGCCUCUACCCACGAUGGGGAGGAGUAUAAAUCUCAAGAUAUGUACAACCCGGGCGCCAAAGACAUCGUUGAUAUCCUUCCCCCACUGAUGCCAAUAAUUGCAGCGCCUCCCAUUGCUCCGCCUGCUGCACCUGCCGUGGAUGAGCUCAUCCAGCAGAGUCAAUGGAAUCUGCAGCAACAGGAGCAGCAUCUGCACACUCUCAGACAGGAACAAGUAACUGCGGCCAUAACUCUGGCUAUGGAGCAGCAGACCCAAAAACUGCUGCUUGAAACUCAGUCGGACAUCACAGAGUUUGACAACCUUCUGCAGCCCAUCAUAGAUACCUGCACCAAAGACGCCAUCUCUGCUGGUAAGAACUGGAUGUUCAACAACGCUAAGACUCCACAGCACUGUGAACUGAUGACAUCACACCUUCGCAACCGCAUCACAGCAGAUGGAGCACAUUUUGAGCUCCGCCUACAUCUCAUCUAUUUAACCAAUGACGUCCUCCAUCACUGCCAACGGAAGCAGCAGAAGGAUUUGUUGGCAGCGCUGCAAAAAGUUGUGGUUCCCAUCUACUGCACCAGCUUUCUGGCUGUAGAAGAGGAGAAGCAGCAGAAGAUCACCAGGUUGUUGCAGCUGUGGGAGAAGAAUGGAUACUUUGACGAGGAGACCAUCCAGCAGCUCCAGAACCCAGCGCUGGGCCUCGGCCAGUACCAGGCAUCUCUAAUAACGGAAUAUGCUGCAGUGGUGCAACCUAUCCAGCUGGCCUUCCAGCAGCAGAUCCAGACUUUGAAGACUCAGCAUGAAGAAUUUGUUUCAAGCCUGAAGCAGCAGCAGCCUGUUGCACAGAUAGCUACCGCUGCUGAGCCUGAAAAGGCCCCACCCAUGACCACAAAAGCCGGGGAUGUAGAGCCCCCUAUGUCAGGUCCUACUCCAGGGGAGUUUGAUGGAGCUUCAUCCAGGCCACAGGACCCCAGCAACCCUGGUGGGCCCUCAGAUAUCCCCACAAACAAGCCUGCAUGGUAUGACCCCCAGCACAUGGGUCCCUGGAACCCCAACCAGCCGCCUCCAUUUGACCCCAACCAGCCUCCUCCUUCGUGCCCACCCUGGAACAGCCAUGAGGGGAUGUGGAACGACCAGAGAGACCCAGGAAACUGGAGCGGAGGGCCACCCAGAGAAGGAGGCCCCUGGAGUGGCCCCGGUGGAUCUGACCCAGGCCCUCCUUCUUGGAACUCCUAUGACCAGCCUCCAUGGGGGAACCAGCCUGACCAGCCUCCAUGGGGCCAGAGGGAGCCCCCAUUUCCACCACGCAUGCAGAGACCUCCCCAUUUCAGAGGGCCCUUCCCUCCCCACCAGCAGCCACCUCCUUUUAACCAGCCCCCACCACCACACAGCUUCGGACGAUUCCCGCCACGAUUUAUGCAGGACGACUUUCCUCCCAGACACCACUAUGACAGGCCGCCAUACACCCCACACCGCUUUGACUAUGUUCAGGGAGAUUAUCCUGGAGACAUGCCAGGUCCUCCUCCACACCACCAUCCUAAUCAGCGGCUCCCUCCUCCAGGUUUGGGGGCCGAGCAUCCUCCCUGGGGUGGAGGAGGCCACCAACCAGAUUUUGGCCCACCCCCACAUGGCUUCAACGGCCAUUCACCCCACAUACGUCAUCGGCAGCAUCCAGUGCAAGACGACCCUAGUCUGGUCCCUAAUGUACCCUACUUUGACCUGCCAGCUGGACUCAUGGCUCCGCUGGUUAAACUUGAGGACUGUGACUAUAAACCUCUGGACCCUAAAGACAUCCGGUUGCCCCCUCCCAUGCCUCCAAGUGAUCGCCUGCUAGCUGCUGUGGAAGCUUUCUACAGUCCUCCAUCCCAUGAUCGGCCAAGGAACAGUGAAGGCUGGGAGCAGAACGGCCUGUAUGAGUUCUUCAGGGCCAAGAUGAGAGCCAGGAGGAAAAAGGGACAGGAGAAACGCAACAGUGCCCGUGGAGGAAGUCGCUCCAGGAGUCAUUCUCACAGCAGAGGGAGAUCUUCAUCUCGCUCCAGCUCUCGCUCCUCAAAGUCCUCCAGGUCGCGAUCCCGAUCGUCUCGCUCACACUCCCGCAGCCGCUCUGGCUCCUACUCCAGAUCCAGGUCCAGGAGUAGAUCGAGGUCAUCUCAGAGUCGCUCUCGCUCUCGAUCCAGAUCCCAUUCACCUGCCAAGAGACGCGUCGGCUCCAAAUCCCAGAGUUCUUCCCCUUCCUCCACGUCAGUGUUGAGUGCCCCUCCCUCUAAACCGUCUACAGAUAACAGGCUAGGGGAGGAGAAUAAGGGCCAUCAGCUCCUGAUGAAGAUGGGCUGGAGUGGUUCAGGUGGUCUGGGAGCCAAAGAACAGGGCAUCCAGGACCCCAUCAAAGGAGGAGACAUCAGGGAUAAGUGGGACCAGUACAAAGGCGUGGGCGUGGCACUGGAUGACCCUUAUGAGAACUAUCGCAGAAACAAGAGCUACAACUUUGUUGCCCGUAUGAAGGCCCGAGAGGAAGUCAAUCGGGAACCUCAGGAGGCUCCUCCAACUGACUGAUGACUCAUCUUCCCCGUUGCCACCGACCACCAAGGAUCUGAAUUUCACUGUCAACUUUGAAUCUAGAGUUAUAGUCCACCAUCCCAAAUCUUUCCACAGAAACAAGAGUGACGAUGCAAAGUAUCACCCAACUCGAGCAGCCUAUGAAAGUGGGCAAAGCGUUUAUGCUCUCCACACUAACAGGAGCUUGGAUCGACUCGUCCGAGCAGAAUGCAACAUAUUUGCAGAUGGAACAGUCAGCGCUAGCACAAGUAACACUGCAGAACUCAACAAGGACUUUUAAAUCAGCCGUCUAUGGAAAAAACACAGGACACAGCACUCACCAUGUCAUUCCUUUUGUUCCCCAUCGGCCUAAAAAUAGUGUCAAACCUCCUACAGUGUGGCUUAUAACACUGGGCUGACUGUGCUUCAACGUUUUAAGAUUUUUAAAAUGUGGAAAACGGUUAAACAUUAAACUAUAAAAAAGUGAAAUGCUGUGACAGUUGGAUAAAUUUAGUUUGGGCUUUAACCUUCAUUCUUCUCCCAGAAGUGUAAAAAUGUCCUUUGCCCUUCAUGGUAUUUCAAAUACAAUGGUUUUAGUUUUGUCUGUAUAGGAUUUUGGGAAAAAUACAGAUUUUAAAAAUGUCCUUUUGAACAGCAGCAAUGUUUUUCUUCCAGAAAAGGUUUCCACUCACUAGUUCAUGUCCAUAAUGAACUGCUACUAUAUACACAUCACUUCACAAGGUUGAAAAUGGAGGUAUGGCAGCUCUUCCUUUCCUUUCCACUGCUGAUUAUUGUGAUACUUUUUCAUUUAAUUAGUAUCAUAGUUUGUAUGUAGUAUGUUUGUAGUAUUGAAAUAAAUCCUGCAAAACAAAAAGUGAUGAAUUUGAAAGCAAUUUUCAUUAUUUUUUA